AUGGCUAUGUGGAAGCACUGGAGGAACGCUGCAAGCCUUAUUCUUGGCUGGAAGAGAAGACCAGAUGUUGAUAAGCUGAAGGCAGUUGAAAAAAUACUGUUGGUCCAACGUGGUGCUAGCAGUGACUUCAUGGCUAAGGCUCAUGUCUUUCCUGGAGGAGUCAUCUCUUCUGCAGAUUUCGAUCCAGAGUGGAAAAAGCUAUUUCACUCUUCAGAUUCUGCUAUUGAGGCUCUCAUUAAAUCUGAUGAGAGGCAGUAUGCAUUCCCUAUGUAUGAAGAAUAUAAGAGUCAAGGCAUCCAAAGACCAGGACUGGCCUUGAGGAUCUGUGCACUCCGAGAGACUUUUGAGGAAACAGGGAUUUUCUUGGGAAGGGCUAUUGAUUCUCAAUCACCAGUAAUCUUGAGUGGUUCUGAUGUUGGUGAUUGGCCAGACAAAGUAGCUCAACAAGCAGAUAAAUUCCUGGAAUUCUGCCUCAGCUACAAAUACUUGCCAGAUGUGCUUAACUUGCAACAAUGGACAAAUUGGCUGACACCCAGGGACAGGAAAACAAGGCAUGAUGCCAUGUUUUUUUCAAUGACCAUAUCAUCGGAGGAACCACCAACUGUGAUAGUGGACUCCCAUGAGCUCACUAGCUUCAAGUGGCUUACUGCAUUAGAGGCUUUGGAACUACAUGAUAAGUUGGAAUGCAUGCUUACUGGUUCACAGUAUUAUGAACUUUUUGAAAUAUCCAGAUAUGGGAUGCCAGGAAACGAUGCAUCAAAGCAGGAUCUAGUAAAAAAACGUAAGAUGCGAUGGAUGCCAGUCAAGUUUAACGCAACCAACGGUUCAAUUGCAGUGCUUCCUGGGGAUUCCAUGUAUCCAGAAGUACCUGAUCUCACUGGAGAUAAACCAAUUCCAAGUGUUGAGAAUUCUAUUGAAGAGCUGCGGUCUCAAAGUUCAAAGUUGCAUAGGUUUGAAAGCACAGCCAUGUUAAAGCACUGGAAGAAUGCUGCGUGCCUUAUUCUUGGCUGGAAGAGAAGACCAGAUGUUGAUAAGCUGAAGGCAGUUGAAAAAAUCCUGUUGGUCCAACGUAGUGCUGGGAUCAAGGAUAUGCCUCAGGGUCAAGUAUUCCCUGGAGGAAUUGUGUCUUCUGCAGAUUUUAAUCCAGAGUGGAAAAAGCUCUUUCACUCUUCAGAUUCUGCUAUUGAGACUCUCAUUAAGUCUGAGGAGAGGCAGUAUGGAUUCCCUAUGUAUGAAGAAUAUAAGAGUCAAGGCAUCCAAAGACCAGGACUGGCCUUGAGGAUCUGUGCACUCCGAGAGACUUUUGAGGAAACAGGGAUUUUCUUGGGAAGGGCUAUUGAUUCUCAGUCACCAGUGAUCCUGAGUGGUUCUGAUGUUGGUGAUUGGCCAGACAAAGUAGCUCAACAAGCAGAUAAAUUCCUGGAAUUCUGCCUCAGCUACAAAUACUUGCCAAAUCACUGGAAGAAUGCUGCAAGCCUUAUUCUUGGCUGGAAGAGAAAACCAGACAUUGAGAAGCUGAAGACAGUUGAAAAAAUCCUGUUGGUCCAACGUAGUGCUGGUAGUGAAUUCAUGGCUAAUGCUCAUGUCUUCCCUGGAGGAGUCAUCUCUUCUGCAGAUUUCGAUCCAGAGUGGAAAAAGCUCUUUCACUCUUCAGAUUCUGCUAUUGAGGCUCUCAUUAAAUCUGAUGAGAGGCAGUAUGCAUUCCCUCUGUAUGAAGAAUUUAAGAGUCAAGGCAUCCAAAGACCAGGACUGGCCUUGAGGAUCUGUGCACUCCGAGAGACUUUUGAGGAAACAGGGAUUUUCUUGGGAAGGGCUAUUGAUUCUCAGUCACCAGUGAUCCUGAGUGGUUCUGAUGUUGGCGAUUGGCCUAAGAAAGUAGCUCAACAAGCAGAUAAAUUCCUAGAAUUCUGCCUCAGCUACAAAUACUUGCCAGAUGUGCUUAACUUGCAACAAUGGACAAAUUGGCUGACACCCAGUGACAUGAAAAAAAGAUAUGAUACCAUGUUUUUUUCAAUGACCAUAUCAUCAGAGGAACCACCAACUGUGAUUAAGGACUCUCAUGAAAUUACUAGCUUCAAGUGGCUUACUCCAUUAGAGGCUUUGGAACUGUAUUAUAAGUCUGAAUUCUGGCUUGCUCCUCCACAGUAUUAUGAACUUCUUGAAAUGACCAGAUGUGGAAUGCCAGGAAAUGAUGCAUCAAAGCAGGAUCUAGUGAAAAAACGUAAGAUGCGAUGGCUGCCAGUCAGGAUUAAUACAACCAGUGGCGUCAUUGUAGUGCUUCCUGGGGAUUCCUUGUAUCCAGAAGUACCUGAUCUCACUGGAGAUAAACCUGUUGCAAGUGUUGAGAAUUCUAUUGAAGAGCUGCGGUCUCAAAGUUCUCAGUUGCACAGGCUCGAAAUGACGAUGGUGAUCCUGGAAGAUAUGGAGAGACUGAACAACUUGGCUAGCAUGGAUGGAUCCAGUCCUGAUGAUAUCUGCAAAUGCUUGGAGAAACUAAAAGGGAAGAAACCCUCCAAAGACAUUCUGUUACGAACAGGAACUGGAGUGAAAAAAAAAGACAAGGCAUGGUAUGAUUCAUACCAUUGUCAUAACGUCGGCCCCUCUUCCCACGACCAGUUGUGGAACCAACACCAGAUGGAUGAGCAUAAGUAUGAACCCGAUGUCGUCGGGUUCGGAUACGAGGGGUUGAUGGGAUGUAGAGGAGCUCUGACUCAGCAUCCCCAUCCUCCGACUCCAACCUCAGGAUACACAGAUCCCAUUGUGCAUCCUACCAUUGCUAUCCAUUUCAAGACAGCAAAUUUGGAUAAGGCUCACAGUUCUGGUGGAAUCGGAUCAGGAUCCACCUGA